GCCAAAGUGCUGAAGCAGAACAUGACGCUGAACCUGUCCGACCCAUCCAGCAACCUGAAGCCGCACCUGAGGAACAAGAACGCCGACAUCCUCACCUCCCCCGACGUGGGACUGCUGAAACUGGCCUCGCCUGAACUGGAGCGGCUCAUCAUCCAGUCCAGCAACGGGUUAAUCACCACCACGCCGACCCCGACGCAGUUCCUCUGCCCCAAAAAUGUUACCGACGAGCAAGAGGGGUUUGCGGAAGGCUUUGUGAGGGCCAUGGCGGCUGUGUCCUCCAUGGCUGGCAGCAGCAGCUUCAAUACGAAUUUGCACAGCGAGCCCCCGGUGUACGCCAAUCUCAGCAACUUCAACCCCAACGCGCUCAACUCCGCGCCGAACUACAACACAAACAACAUGGGCUACGCACCACAGCAUCACAUAAACCCCCAGAUGCCCGUGCAGCAUCCCAGGCUUCAGGCUUUGAAAGAAGAGCCUCAGACUGUACCCGAAAUGCCAGGGGAAACUCCUCCCCUGUCCCCUAUUGACAUGGAGUCACAGGAGAGAAUCAAAGCUGAGAGAAAACGCAUGAGAAACAGAAUCGCGGCAUCCAAAUGCCGGAAAAGGAAGUUGGAAAGGAUUGCCAGGUUGGAAGAAAAAGUGAAAACUUUGAAAGCCCAGAACUCAGAGCUGGCAUCUACUGCCAACAUGCUCAGAGAACAGGUUGCACAGCUUAAGCAGAAGGUCAUGAACCAUGUCAACAGCGGGUGCCAGCUAAUGCUAACACAACAGUUGCAAACGUUUUGAAGAGACUGUCUUAAACGAGGACUGUGAUAUUGUGGUAUAACUGAAACGAAAAAACACAAGUGGCAGAUGCAUAAAGCUAAUGGUAAAAGCUGAAAGGCUGAGUCCUGCCUGUGCUCUGCAAAGCGCAUGUGUGGAAAGACUGGCAAGCCUUCAGUUUGAGUUAGCAGCGAAGCGGCCAGCACUGCUCCGAGAAGUGCUGUUCCUGCUCAGAUGAGAUGUCAGAUCUUCGUUUAACAUUGACCAAGACCUGCAUGGACCUAACAAUCAAUGAUCAUUCAGUAUUAAAGGUUAAACUGCAAUAGAAACUGUAGAUUGCUUUAUGUAGUAUUACUUAAGGAAAAAAGAAAAAACACAAAGUGGGAGGGAGGUGUGUGGGAGGCUGAUAAACAAAAAAGAACUAUUCUGCCUGCCUUCAAGUAAAUUGUGUAUGUACAUAUUUUUUUUAUUUUAUUUUAUGAAAGUUGAUUAAUGUCAAUAAACUACUUCAUGACUUUGUAAGUUAUUUUUAUGUUGUUUAUUUGGGCACUGCCCAGUAUUGUUUGUAAAUAAGAGGCAUUUUUUUUUUAGUACUCUGAGUUUACCAUUUGUAAUAAAGUAUAAUUUUUUAAUGUUUCUGUUUCUGGAAAAAUUCUAGAAGGUUCUAUUAUAUUUAAGAAAAAUAAAAUAAUUAAAAUGCA